GAUGGAUGUGACGUCAGCGGUGCGCUCGGCGGUUGUAUUUGAAUGUUCCGGGAGCGGCUGUCAGGUCGGGUUUCGGUGAGAGAUGGACGCCCCCGACCUGGACGAUUUGUGUUCUCACGUUAACUCAAAGAUUUCUAAAAUCAAGAAGACCCUGCAGCUUCGGUACAUUGGUCAGGACCCCUCCUUGAGUAAUGUGCUCAGUAAAGUGACGUAUGAGCUGCAUCUGCUGUGUGAGCUGCUUAAUAAAGUGGAGACAGAAGUUCAGAGGCAGGAAGCGAUCGCAAAGUCCUUGAAGGAGCUGCAGGUGACCCUAGAGAGAGAUGUCAAGGAAGCGUCUCAUCUCCGUGACAAUGUUCCUCCUCAUCUACCCAAGAAAUGUCCUAACAGUAAUCCAGGCCCAGGUGAGGCGCCUCUGGCGGAGGUGAAGGUCAGCGCUCCAGAGCCGCAAAAGAAACCUGCCAAAGGAAAGCACAUUAAAGAAGUGGAGCUGAUUACGGUACAAGAAUUCGACAAUGUGCCAGCGUAUAUGAAAAACCGCCUGACAUACGAGAAGAUCAAUCACUUCAUCGAAGAGGUCAACAAGGCCGUGGUGGGCAAAUACAAGAUUAUACAUCAACCUCUUAAGACGCUGAACAACGUAGCCAGGAAGCAGCUGGGACGCUUUAAGGAGGAGGAGAUGGCAGACACAAAAGGCCAAUUCUUUAUUGUCGAACAAGAUAUUAAGGAAUUUACCCAAGUCAAGGUUGAUAAAAGAUUUCACGGGAUGCUGAGCAUCAUGAGGCACUGUCACCGGAUCCGGGAGCUGCGAGGGAAAGGAAUUGUACGUUAUGUCAUCUGCUAAUCAUGACUCGUGGACGCAGCGUUUCCUACCCUCU